UUGCGUUAGAAAUGAUCAUUGUCAGAAACGAGCCGUUAAUGUAUCGUCCGAUACGCAAUAUACAUUCGCGUGAUCCUUAGGCCGGCUCCGUGUAUAUUGCGUAUCGGUUUUAUUCGCGCCCUGUAUUCGCACACAUUUUCUCCACAUACCGUGAACGUGUGUAUGCACCCAUCGUGUUGCCGUUGUUUCUUGUAUGGGAACCACACUUAUUACGGAUCACACAUGUACACACGUAUUUUCACUCGCAUUACAUGCGUGUGCAUAGGCAUGUUUGUGCGGUGUAACGUGCAUGUGUACUAAAAGUCGCUUGCAAUCCAGUCGAGAACGGAAUCAAGGGAGCGCCUUUCUACGUGCUCAUCGUGAACGGAAAACCAGUACGAGCAUUACCGUGAUCGGUCGCGUAUCAUGCGAGUUUCUAGAAGAUUUGCCUCUGUGUUUUGCGCGUGACAACGUACGUUUUCUCUGACGAGUAAAUUGCGGUUUUAUUGGCACACCGCUCGACAUUGGUUGCGUGUGUGUACGUGUGUAUCCGUCUGCUACCGCAAACUGCGUAUUGCGUGAGUUUCAUGGGAAUCGUUGACCUCACGACCAAGUUGACCGAGUUACGUGCGUGAAUCAAGAAAAACGGCGAUAGAUUCGUCGUCCGGAACGAACGAUUUACUCUUUGCGAAAAUUUUGUGGUCCUACAUUUCAUUUUGAAGUUCUCGAACGUGUUCUUUACUUUGUUCCGGUGACCACGAUAUACACGGUAUAUACGAGUACAUUGGCGUUAUACGUUGGAAAUAUUGCAACAUCUAGAUCCAUGCUCCAGGCCACUUGGUGCAUGGCUCCCAGUAAGAUCUACGCGUUCAAGGUCGCUGCACAAAACAAGUAGCCGGCACGUAAAGUGGUCGCAUGCACAUGCACGCUGUGCACAGUACGCGAUACUCGUUUCCUGACCAAAAAUAAUAGUUGGUCGAGCGCGCACAAGUCGAACCGGCCGCUGAUCGAGGUCAGGUUCUUUCGCAUUCGUUGGUUUGCUCGCUUGGUUGAUCGGUCGCUCGCGUCCGCGAUAAAUUACCGGCGACACGCGUAAUCUCGACCCUUUCGACUCGCCUAGUGACUGUACUAUAGUAUGCUUCUUUCCAAUUGUACCGUUCGCGCUUACUUGCUUGCUCGCGUGAGCUCUCUGUCUGUCUCUUCCGUCUUUGUCGCGUAUUCAUAAAACACAAUUUGUCGGUUCGCUCGCACGCGACUUCGCGUAUGGAAGUGUGGAGCAGCGUGAAUGUUGUGAAACGAAGGUGAAGAAAGAAGAAGAGAACCGACGAAGUCAGGCAGAAAACAUAAAGAUAGAAAAAGGAGAAUAUUAUACAAGCUGUACGGAGUUAAAGUGAAACGCCACCGAGUAGAAAAGGGGGAGAAAAGAAACGUAUAGAACAAGGGAAAAGGAAACUAGCAUUUUAAAUAAAAGAGCAAGUGGAAUUGGAAGUAAGAUAGACAGAUACGGACGAGAUAGACUGAAAGUCGUCGAACGGUUGGUGCAAAUAGGCUACAAAGGGAAACGUAUAUCGCGAAAUAGUCGACGGAAUAUAUACCGUGGUAGAGAGAGGAAAAAAAGACAGUUCUUGAUGCGUAUCGCGGUUGGAAAGGCCUGGCCAUCGAUUUGCCGUCCGCGAAUCUAGUGCGCGUUUGAAAUCGGGCUAGUCUCGGUAGUCACGCGCGCGCGCUUGUGUGUUACGUGCACCUAAGCGAACGCAGCCAGCGAGGCGCGCGGACGGACGAGAAAAGGAGGAAGAGGUGGCGGUCGUGGAAGAGGGGGAGGAGAAGGAGCGGCGGUUGAACAGGCGGGCGGAGAGAAAAGUUCGAGAAGCGGCAACACCAGCGCCAGCCAACAUCAACAUCAACAACAACAACAGAUCGGCCGCGCGGUGUAUACGGGGCUGGUGCUCGUCGUGUGCGUCUCUAAACGGUUAUUGCGUUGUGUGUCGCGCGCGCGGCGGUGAUCAUCGGUGUGUGUGCCGGGAUUACAGGGAAAGAGGUAGUGAACCGAAGUCGCCAAAAUUACGCCAAAUCGGGGAAAUAUGAGCAUUGCUGCCCUACUACAGGCCGCCGAGUAUAUUGAACGAAGAGAAAGAGAAGCUGAACAUGGCUACGCUUCGACGAUGCCGAUGCCCGAUGAUAUGCGGACGGUCACAAAAAGGCCAAAGACGAAAAAAUCCCAAGGCAGCAGGACAACUCAUAACGAGCUCGAGAAAAAUAGGAGGGCGCACCUCAGAAAUUGCCUCGAAAAGUUGAAGGUGUUGGUUCCGUUGGGUCCUGAAACCUCAAGACACACCACGUUGGGUCUCUUGACCAAGGCGAAGCGUUUUAUCAAGAGCCUGGAGGAGCGUGAACGCAAGCACGCCGUGCACAAGGAACAGCUGUCUCGCGAGCAGAGGUUCCUCAGGCGACGGCUAGAGCAGCUGACAAACCAGACAGGCCUGCACGUGUUGCACGGCCUCCACGGCCUCCAUGGGCUAAGCUCGAGCGCUCCAACCGGUUCCUCUUGCGGUCCUGGAGCUGCCGCGGCCGCGGCUCUUCUCUCCAAACGGCGCAGCGUUUCCGAGUGUUCUCUCGGCACGGCUUCGUCGACCAGCUCCACGGCCAGCUCCAGGAACUCCGACAGGUCUGCAGGCAGUCCCUCUGUCUCGGAGUCCGCUUUCUAUGAAGUAGACGUGAUCGGCUAUACGAGCAAUCAAUCGGACACCGAUGAUCAUAGCAGUGUGCAGAGCAGCAGCGAUAGUGGCGUUGCAAUGUCCACCUCCAGGCUGACACUUUCCGAAAUGAUGGACAAUCUUUAGACAAAGAGGUGGCGCGGUGGCGGCGGAAGAACGUGGAGGGAGAGCAUUUGAGGGCGCAAAAGAGCAGAGGAGAGCAGAGGAAGAGGAAGAAGCGAUGGAAAAGAGGGCGAGGGAGAGAGAAACACGAGGGAAAGAAGAGAAACGCACGUGAACACGACAGGGGAGGAGAGGGGGAGAGUCGGGGUGGAAGCGGCGGAAAAAGUGGAAGAAAUGGAAGAAGAGAGAAGAACGAAGGAAGAAGCCAUCCAAGCGUGCGAAGAUCGACGGCGUGCGAAAUAUCAACUCGCGUACACGCACUUACGCACCAACCCCUUUGGUGCACUCUCGUAGGGUCGCGAGACGCGCACCGCGACGCCCAAGCAACGGGCGUUCAAGAGGCGACAUCAGCGGUGUGUACGCGCGUGUACAUACGUACAGACUUCUAGCUGACGCGGGUGGUCUCUGCGAGAGAAGAACGAAGCGUGGAAGAAGAAAGAAGGGGCGAGAAAAACGACUUCGAACAACAAGUUGAAGGAUCGCUAGACACGAACGUGGAAGAUCGAAGAAGAGGGGCAGAAGGAACAGGGACGCGUCGAACUUUGGCGAAUUACGAUAGAACUUAGGUUCAGUUAGAAACUGAUUAUCGCGAACGAAGAGAUCAAUGACGGAUGUAACCACGUAUGUAAGGAGACGUAUGUAAUUCGCGUGCCUCGCGAUAAAUAAUGAAAUGAGAGAAAGAAACGCGAGAAACGAGCGUAAAGCAAUCGAACGUCACGUGUAAAUUGUGGAUCGAGUAUUGUACAUAUUUUUAAGGGAGACUAAAUUUAUCGAGCGGAGAGCACGGUGGAGAAAGUAAGAAGCGAAUUUCGAGCGUUUCUUUCUCGACACGGAACCAUCACGGAGGAAACGGCGUUUUUGAAAGAAUCGGGUGAUGUCGAUCGGAGAACGACGAUCGAUCAGACGCGAGAGAUCGACGAGUCUCGCCGGUCGCUGCCACUGAUCGAUCGGGAUUAGACGAAACUCGUGGAAAUUCUAACAAUAUGCGCGCGCUGGCGCGAAACAGCGCUUCCACCACCAUCUUUCAGAAGCUUCGUCGAUCGGCCCUCGUCUCGGGUCUCUUUUCGUAUAAUUCAGUGUGUAAAAUUGAACAAUUCCUUCGUGAUGGAUCUCGAGGACGCGUCCAAGUAACUGCAAACACGCACGAUGCAUUUGAAACUGACUGGGUAGGGCAGAGAAUAUUCGCCGCUCUAUCUUUUCCGAGAUGUAUGAUUUUUAUCGCCGCCGCUGUCCGCUUCCGAUCGCGGAAGGCUCAUCCAGGGUGGGCGAUUUGAUUUUGCGAGUUUGUUGUUUUCGCUUCCGACGGGAGGAGAGGCGCCACGCUUCUUUGUUCGCGCUUCGACGAUGGCGUCGUGGAACACGCGUCGUCGACUCUACUCUUCAUAAAAGCAACUCCAUUCGAGUGUACGCCUACCCUUUGGAAACAAUGGGAAGAAAGGGAUGAAAGAAGCGGAGGAAGAAAAGGAACAAGGAACGUUCGCGAGGGAAGCACACGAACGUAAGGCAGCGCGGACAGCGGGAAGAAACGUUUUCACGUGUCGGUUUCACGACGAUCCUCGAUCGUCUGCCUUUUGACGAUCGUUAUUAAACUAGGAGCGCCUUUGGUGUACUCCUCUGCGGAAGAAGAGCCUUCAUUUCCGUCGCGUUGUACAGUCUGCGUGAUCGCGCGUACCAAAUAAGAAACAAAAUACUUGAAAAAAAAAAUAUAAAAAAAUAAAAUGGAGAAGAUGUAGAAGUGUUUGAAGAGAGGAAUGGGUAGGAUGUCUACAAACGUAAAAAAAGGCAAAGAAGGGAAGAAAGGUGGAGGUAGCAGCAGUUGCUAUGGAAGAUUGUACAUCGAAUUAGCAAAAUCAGGGAUGAAACGAAGUUAGGAAGCACGGAUGGGACUAUUAUCGUUCCAAAACAGGGGAGACUGAAUCGCAAGUCUGUCGACAAAUUUCUUCGGGAAUCCUACGGUUAAUUAACGAAACCGAAAGAACUUCCACCUUUCGAAGGAUACACGCGAGUGUAUGACCUAUACGAAAUAACGAGUCGGGAGGGAUGGACAGAUGGAUGGAAGAGAAGGAGGGAGACACGAAUAAAAGAAAGGGAACGAGAUCGAAGUAAAAGCGUACACACUUCUAAAGUAAGGACACGCAUAUGCAUACACAUACUCACACACAUACACGGACACAUGUGAGCACUCAUUACAUACGCGUACACAGAGGAUCCUCACGAGAGUUAAUUAAAAAAAAAAAAAAAGAAUUAAAAUAACCUGAAAAAAAGAAGAGAAAAAAAGUGAGAAAAAUAAAGAAGUACCACGUAUACGUGAAUCGUAACGUAACGAUUCUUGUAUAAUUAAGGGGAGUGAGUCACCUUUGAUGGUGGAGACGGUUCGUGUAAUCUUUAUUACGUGAUAAGUAAACGUUUAAACAUCGUUUCGUUGUAACACACGCAUUCAAAGAGUACAAAUUCCUGUUAAGUCCCUCGUUGGUUGUUCGAGGCUUGAACCGGCACACUACCUGUUGUUGUUGAGCGAUCACGCGUUGUUGUUUCCAUCCAGAGCCACGGAAUCGGCGUUUCUUUAGGGUCAGGAGUGGAGAAGAAACGGUAAGGGAAAGAGCAAGACGCGAAAAUAGGAGACGAAGAAGGGUCCCGAGUGUCAGGUAUAAAACAGGGAACAAUGUUUCUGGUGUGCGUGAGAGAACGAUGGAAGAGAAAACUAAUUAGGAUGAACGUCGUAGCGGAGAAGAUUUUGGAAGAAAAUAAGGUCGUACAAGGGUCCAAAGAGGUCCGGGGAACGGGAUCGAUCGAUGCGUAAGCCUGUUACGCGACAGGGAUCGCUUUGAUGAAGAAAAAUCGAUCGUCUAAUUAUAACUCGAAGUUUUCACUUUGCGGCUCGAGUGAAACUUCGUGGAGAAAGGAUAACCGACGACGAUCAACGGCUCGUGUUCCACCGUUUCUCGUGUUUCUUAACGAGGGGCACGCUGGAUCUCGGCAACGAUCGUUUUAUGGAUAUCUUAAUUGGCGUAACGGCGAAAUUCUAAUCUAAAAGGUUGUUCCUCGAUGGUCGUACGAGCUAUCGGAGCUCGAUCGUUCGGUUUCAAAAUUGGAAACGAAGAGAAUUAAAGGAUUAUACUAGGCUUUUGAAUUACUCGCGACAGGUUGAUACAAAAAAUCGAUCCGCGGCCCCUGGAUCGAAAACAGCGAGGCAGCAGUUGUUCGAGUCGAGUUUUCUGGCUAGGUUUACGCAGACCAGAUAGACUGAUUACCAAACGUAAACGAGUGAUCUCUGAUUUAAAAAGAAACGAAGAAAUAAAGAAAAAAAAGAAAAAAACGAAAAAAAGCAAAACACAAAACGGUUUUAAACGGCGGUUAGUUUGUAAGAAAAUAGCAGAAAAAAAUGAGGAAUAAAAAGAUUAAAAAAAAAAAAAAGAAAAAGAGAGAUUACGCGGUAUAACCUUUCGCGAGAAUAGGAUCUCGGGGUGGGGUAAAACAAACCGAAUCUGGAGAACGCGCGUUUUCUCGCGGUGAGUGCCCUCGGAUUUUUUACAUGCGGAACAAACAAUCUGACGAUACUUCGAUGAGCGUGAUCGUACAUUUUAAGGAGGACAAGUCGAUGUAAAAAUUAAACAGAGACGACGAAGACGAAAAUUCGUGUCGAUCGAAUUGAAUUGUCAGUGGAGGAAGAGGCGGAAACAGUUUUUAAAACGCGAACGACAGUCAACUGGAAGAAAAGAAAGGUACUUUCGGGGAUCGAACUUUGUACAAUACGAAGGAAUGGAGAAAAACGAGCAAGAUAAGAGCAGAGAUCAUGGUCGAAGUCUCGAAUCCUACCAGGAAAGCGACCAAGCCGAAUGAAAUAUUUUCAGCAAGGCAAGCCGCGACUUUUUAAUAUUAAACAUAAAUGAUACUCCCGUACAGUCGUUGUUGUAUCAACAAUCGACCUUAUUCUAUAGCUGAAACGCAAUCAUAUUGGUUGUUGCAGAAGAUUUACCGCGGCCGUGUAUACACAUCAAAUAUAAAACGGUAGGACUCGAAAUCGAUCAGCAAGACGGGAAAAAAGGAAGUGAGGAAGAGAAACGAUCAGGUUGGAAAGGUCCUCGGCUGUCCUCUUGGAAAGUUCAGGCGAUCGACGCGUCCAGAUCGUUUCUACUUCAUCGGAAAAUCUCACGAAAAUGCCUUCUUCGCGAUGCAUCUUCCUUUCGAACUUUUAUCGAGAAAUAGUCAAACUUCCGGCGAUACUUGAUCUUUUAAUACAUUAGAAUUUACCCUGUUUAUUGAAAUUUUAAGAAAUAUCAUUUUUCCUUUUGCAGAUGUUGCGAAUAAGUUUGCAGCUCAUUUUUUAUCGUUCUCUUUUCUUUUAAAUAUCGUAUCGUGAGCAGGAUUCAAGCUAAAAUUUCUAUUGUGAUCACGUUGCUUUAUCGAUGAUAGUGUUCGCGACGAUCGAAUCGCGACGCAUCGCUCGACCAAUGAUACGAAGACAUAUCCAAUUGUUUAUAUUACCUCGUUGAUAAUUAUUUGCGUUCAUUUUCGUUCAUGUCUGUUUCAUUCUCGUUUAUUAUAUGUUGCUCGUUGGCUGUCGUUCGUGAAGUUGUUAAGAGAAGUACGAACAAUUAGAAACAGGACGGAGAAAUGAGAGAGAACUAAACGCCGUUGAUUUUCGACAGAGAGUAUGAUUAGGGUAACCUUCGAUUCACGACCGACGAGUUUAGAUGUAUCUUUUUCCUUUUUUUUUUUUUUUUUUUUUUUGUAAACAAUGGGAAAACUAAUACAAACGGGGGGAGGGAUAAGAAACAGAAAAGAUGAAAGAAAGAAAAAGAGAGAGGAUGUCCUUUCAGAAAGAUGUGAACGAAAAGAGUAGAACGGUAAACACCAAGAAGAAAGAUAUAAAAAGUGGGAAAAAAGGAAAAUACAAAAAAAAGAUGGAAAUUAAAAAAGAAGGGGCAUAAAUUACAUAAAAAGACUAUAAAAGUAACAAAAAAGAAAAACCUAUUUGGAGAAAAUUGAUGAGUGGGAUAAAGAACAAAUAAAAAAUAAAUUAACAAUUUCACAAAGUAAGAAGUUUCAUUAAGUGAUUAUUAAACGAUGAAUGUCUCUUCAACGCGUAGAUCGUUGAUGAACGCUCCUUCGUGAAAGUUAUAGCCCUUUUUUCUUUUCUCUUUUUAUUUUAGUUCUUUCUUUUUCUUUUUUUUGUUUCCUCCUCUAAUUAUACUCUUUUCCACUUAUUUUUUCUCACAGUCUUUCCACGCGUUCGCGAACUUUUAUUUUCGUUUCGUCGUUGCCAUCCAGUCGUUGUACGUGCCGUAAAAUAUCUCUUACGAAGAAACACACAUACACAUGAAAUAAAUAAGAAAACGAAAAAAAAACACAAAAAAGAAAAAAAAAUGAAGAAAAACGAUGGAUCUUGUCGUUUUUUGAUCUGGGUUUGUAGUACCUUGUAGCGAGAUAAAGAUGUAUGUAUUCUAUAUAUUAAACUGGGACGUACUCGCCCGA